AGAACUAGCUCCCUGGGUUGUCCAGGUGGCGGGAGAGCAGCGAGCGGGCUUCCUCCAGCCCGAGGAAGGCAGCGAAGACCUGUCUCCGCUUCCUGCAGGUCUCCGUGUCUGUUCCUGGCACUCUGCGAGGCCUGAGGAGGAGGAGCAACCUGUCCAGAAUCUCUGCAGGAAAGGAAAAAGUGGGAAAACCUCAACAUGGAGAAACCCUAUAGUAAACAUGAAGGGAAACCGGAAAACGAGGGAAAGCCAGAAGACGACGUAGAGCCUGAAGAUGAAGCAAAGUCAGACGAGGAAAAAAAGCUGGACAUGGAAGAGAAGCCAGAAUGUGAGGGAAAGCUAGAGGAUGAGGGAGAGCCAGAUGAGGAGGGACAAGAAGAAGAUGAGGGAAGGCAGGCAGAGCAGGAAAAGCAGGGACAGUCCGAAGGUGAGGGCAAACCAGAAGGUGAGGGCAAGACAGAAUCCCAGGCAAAGCCAGAGAGCCAGGCACGGGCCGCUGAAAAGCGUCCAGCUGAAGAUUAUGUGCCCCGGAAAGCUAAAAGAAAAACAGACAGGGGCACAACGGAGGAUUCCCCCAAGGACUCUCAGGAGGACUUACGGGAAAGGCAUUUGAGCAGUGAGGAGAUGAUGAGAGAAUGUGGAGAUGUGUCAAGGGCCCAGGAGGAGCUAAGGAAAAAGCAGAAAAUGGGUAGUUUUCAUUGGAUGCAGAGAGAUGUACAGGAUUCAUUUACCCCAAGGGGCCAACGGGGUGUCAGGGGAAUGAGGGGUGGAGGUAGGGGCCAACGGGGAUUACAUGAUAUUCCCUAUCUUUAAUGCCUUUGGCCUUGAAUUCUGAGAUCUCUGAUGAGAAUAUUGCCAGCCCUGCUUUCCUUGGUAGAUAUUUGCCAGGUCCUGUGCUUUUUAACCUUAAGCUAAUUAUUUGCUUUAGCUAUCACUGUUGUUACCAGCAGCCUUUUGAUCCAACCACAGUGCUCUUUUAGUAGAGGAUUUUCAUCCAUGUGCAUGUAAGAAUGUUCAUGGUUCACUGUAAAAUAAUAAUAAAGAAAAAAGUUUGCAGAACCGCA